CACUGUGGUUUGAUUGUGGUUAUAGGUACGUUUACUCUACGAGCGACAUUUUUUGUCGUGGUAUAAGAAUUGAAAUAAAUGUUUAUUUCGAAUGUGCAUUCGCAGACAACCAGACGUGACCAAAAAGUGUUGUGAUUAUACAUUAUACAGCUACAUUGACCUAAGAUAAUUGAUAAUGUUGAAGUUUGAAAUAGUUUCUUCUCGUACGGUGGAAGGUGUCGACAAAGAGAAAAAAUUUGUAGCAUACAUGCUACAAGUUAGACAGGAUUCCACGGAGUCGAGGGUAUUCGAUCCAGAUCCCGCUAAUGUGGAAAGGAGAUACACCCACUUUCUAGAUCUAUACAAUGGUUUAAAGAAAGACUGCCCGUCUUUGUUGAAUAACAUUUCGUUUCCGCGGAAGAUAGUUGUUGGCAACUUUGACCCAAAUUUAAUAUCAAGUAGAUGUGCGGCAUUUGAGUCAUUAUUGAACUUGAUAGCAAGUGAGUCACGUUUGAGGGAUGCCCCUGCAGCUAUUGCAUUCUUUCAGGAUGUUGAAUUAAAGGAUGCCCGUAAAUUACUAAAUGAGGGUAAAUUUGACCAAGCUCUGUCUUUAUUGGAAACAAGCUUUAAAUUAUUAAAUAAGGUGUAUACAGACAGAUCAAGAGUAGUCUUAAGCGUUCUAUGCAGGAUUGUGGCAUGUGCGGGAUCAAGUGGUGGAGCAUUGGCGGGUCCAGUUGAGAAAUGGGCACAAUUGGCACUUAGAAGAUAUGAAGCUGUUAGCGAUUCAGACUUACUACUCAUCUACAUACCACUUUUGCACACAUGUAUUUCUAUAUGGGAAACCUUGGGUCGUGACAAAUCAAAGUUGGUCGAUGAAUUGAACUCACUUCGUAGGAAAGGAAUGAAAGUGGAUUCCGUGCCAAGCCUAAUGGAAGCUGUAGACAGCUUAGAUGGAACUAUAUAAUUGAUUCUUCCAAAUAAAACAUGCUUUAAUUAAUGAGAUAUGAUGUUAGAUGAUGUUAUUCAAUUUAAAUUGAAUAUUUUGAUUUUAAUUUUAGUAUUUCUAUGCCGAUAAGUAUUCUUAAAUUUGCUUUGACCCAUAGUAGCUACUAAUAAGUUUAAAAAUUGGCUGUUAGUUGUAUAUAUUUGUAUAGAUGACUUUAUUUGGAUCAAUUUGUACCUGUAUAUCUUGUUUUAUGAUUAUUUAUACUUGCUUGUAUCAUUUUUGUGUAUAAUUGAUGAAAAUUUUAUUACAAAUUUAAUAUAUUUUUUCGAUAAAUAGAUCUGUAUAUGAUGAAUGUAUUAGUCCGACGUUUAUUAAGAUGUAAAGUGCUAUGUUAAUAUUUUUUGUAGUGACACAAUUAAUCCAAGCUAUUUAAAUUGUAUAAUUAGUAGUCGUUAAUUGCCAUUGUAUUUUUAUCGCAAUCAUGUAAUGCUUAUUGUGCAGCAUUGCAUAUUACAAUGACGUUUUUUAUUGUAAUUGUUGGCAGAAUUUGCAAUAGUUUUAUUGUGUGGCUGUAUAUAAGUUAAAAAAGUUUUUAUUAUUAAAACAAAAAUUUUUUUGGUGUGAA